AUUUGAAGUCACUCAAUGCACUGGGUACAGUAGAAAAUGUAAGAAACAACAUAUAUCAGAUAAGUGGAAGACGCAAAAUUGAGAAAUAGACGAUAUGGAGAAGGAAAUUGCUUCUACAGAGGCAAUUAGUCCGCAGGAGGACACGCAUGCGUCAGAAAAGUCUGGUGAUACUUACGCGAUAGAAAAGACUGGUGAUCCUUACGCGACAGAAAAGACUGGUGACAACCACGAGUCAGAAAAUGCUCAAACAUUGAACAAAAAGAUAUAUUCGCCAAAAAAGGAACAUUCACCGAAAUACCAUCCAAAUGUCCAAAAGGCGCCCGAAUCUAAAAUAAAACACCUUUCAAGUAAUUCUCGUCUUUCAAGAAAAGAAACUCAUCAGUUAGAGAAAGACACACAGGAAGAAGACGAAAACCCAAAAGAUAUCCACCAAAUAUCACAUUUAAAAGAGACAAAGCACGGAAAAGCUACACAUUCAAAAGAGAAAACUCAUGCAAAGGAUGCACAUCCAAAGGAGAAACAUCAUACAAAGAAGACACAUACACAAAAGACACACCAUGUGAAUGAGGUACAUCUAAAUGAGACACAUCAUGUAAAGGAAGCACAUCCCAAGAAGACACUCAAUGAUAAUGAAAUUAAUUCAAAAGAGACGCAUUAUGCACCAGAGACACACCAUAAGGAAAAACACCAUAUAAAGAAAUCACACACAACAGACUCACACCAUGUAAAAGUAGCACAUCCAAAACAGACACAUGAUGUAAAAGAAGCACAUCCACAUAAUGUAAAAGGAGCACAUCCAAAAGAGAAACAUGAUGUAAAAGAAGCACAUUCACACCAUGUAAAAGGAGCACAUCCAAAAGAAAAACAUGAUGUAAAAGAAGCCCAUUCACACCAUGUAAAAUCAGUACAUCCAAAAGAAAAACAUGAUGUAAAAGAAGCACAUUCCCACCAUGUAAAAGUUACACAUCCAAAAGAGAAACAUGAGGUAAAAGAAGCCCAUUCACACAAUGUAAAAGAAGCACAUCCAAAAGAGAAACAUGAUGUACAAGUAGCACAUCCCCACCAUGUAAAAGAAGCACAUCCAAAAGAGAAACAUGAUGUCAAAGAAGCACAUACACACCAUGCAAAAGAGAAACAUGAUGUAAAAGUAGCACAUCCAAAAGAGAAACAUGAUGUAAAAGUAGCACAUCCCCACAAUGUAAAAGAAGCACAUCCAAUAGAGAAACAUGAUGUCAAAGAAGCACAUACACACCAUGCAAAAGAGAAACAUGAUGUAAAAGUAGCACAUCCAAAAGAGAAACAUGAUGUAAAAGUAGCACAUCCAAAAGAGAAACAUGAUGUAAAAGUAGCUCAUCCAAAGGAGAAACAUGAUGUAAACGAGGUACAUUCACACAAUGUAAAAGUAGCACAUCCAAAAGAGAAACAUGAUAUAAAAGUAGCACAUCCAAAAGAGAAACAUGAUGUAAAAGUAGCACAUCCAAAAGAGAAACAUGAUGUAAAAGUAGCACAUCCAAAAGAGAAACAUGAUGUAAAAGAGGAACACCAAAAACAGGAACACAAAGCAAAUGAGGGACAUGCGAAGGAAAUGCAUAAUGUUAAGGGUGUAUAUGCAAAGGGGACACACCAGGAAAAGGAGAGGCAUCUAAGUGAGAUACAUCAUGUUAAGAAGGCACAUACAAAAGGGCUACAUGUAAAGGAUCAUCAAGAGAAGAAUGUAAAUAACAAAAAGGAAAAACAACCAGCACAGGAAAAUGAUCUAAUCGAAAAACAAUCAGCAGAGGAAAACGAUCCAAUCGAAAAACAAGCAACAGAGAAAAACGAUCCAAUCGAAAAACAACCAGCAGAGGAAAACGAUCCAAUCGAAAAACAACCAACAGAGGAAAAAGAUCCAAUCGAAAAACAACCAGCAGAGGAAAAUGAUCCAAUCGAAAAACAAGCAACAGAGGAAAAUGAUGCAAUCGAAAAACAACCAACAGAGAAAAAUAAUAUAAUUGAAACACAACCAGAUGAUAACUGUGAAAAUGACAAGCAACCAACAGAUGCAAACAGUGAAAAUGACACACAACCAACAGACGCAAACAGUGAAAAUGACACACAACCAAGAGGACACUAAUGAUACAAUCAAUACAGAAGAAUGAUGUAAAUACAUGAAAUACAGAAGAAUGAUGUAAAUGCAUGAAAUACAGAAGAAUGAUGUAAAAACAUGAAAUACAGAAAAAUGAUGUAAUACAUGAAAUAAA